AUGAUGACACGCUCAGCUUCUGGAGCCUCCAGCUACCCACACUUGAGAUCGUCCACAGGGCCGCCCUUGGCAUCGACCUCCUUACCACCGAGUGCACGCGAGUUUCCUUCUGAGGUUAUCGACCUAGAUGAUAAGGUUGAAGAAGAACGGUUGCCAUUCUAUCAGAGACAAAAUUAUUAUCCUAUGCGGAUUGGCCAGAUUGUUCAAGAUCAGUUUCAAGUCGUCGCCAAGCUUGGUUUUGGUACUACUUCCACCGUCUGGAUGUCUCGCGACCUGAUCACGCAAGAGUACUGGGUUCUCAAGGUGUACAUUAACUCGCUCCAGAAUAUCCAGGAGCUCAAGGUCUACCAGCAUCUAGAGGGCUUCAUACCUGAUGAGAAUACGAUUGGAAAGCCAUUCGUCCGACAACUGCAGGCUUCCUUCAGUCUCAAAGGCCCAUAUGGCGACCAUCAGGUUCUCGUUAUGAAGCCUUUAGGCAUGAGCCUGAGGACCUUACAAGAAUUCUACAUCCGAAAAGACAAGGUGUUUGAAGACAAUCUUGUUACUGGUGCCUUGGAUCAAGUAUUGCUUGGUUUAGACUACCUACACGAGGCUAAAGUGGUCCAUACAGACCUUCAUUCAGAUAACAUGCUAAUUGAUAUUACUGAUACCUCGGUUCUAUCUAAUAUCGAAGAACAGGAAGUUGCCGAGCCAUCAGCGCGUAAGCGUGACACAGAUCGCUAUAUAUAUGUGUCUCGAUACAUGCUGGCAGGAGCUGGCUCCUUGAUUAUUUCAGAUCUGGGCCAAGCACAUAUCGGAGAAGAGCAUUGCGGUAAAGCAAUGCCUCUCCCUUAUCGAGCGCCUGAGGUUAUCCUUGGUAUGCCAUGGGGUAACAAAGUGGAUUGUUGGAGUGUUGCGCUGUUGACUUGGGAUCUCAUUGAACGGAAGAGCCUCUUUACGGUUUAUGAUGCAAAUUCUGAAGAGCAAAAUGAUGCACAUCAUCUAGCUGCAAUGACAGCCUUGCUUGGGCCACCCCCGCAAGAGUUUCUUCAAUUGAGCAGGGAAACAAGCAAGUACUGGGACCAAAAAGGCAAGGAUCACAAUUUUGGAGUUGUCGAGAUAUGGCGUUCUUCGGACUCGCUGGCUAAUCUUAUAAUAGGUGAAUGGCAUGGUCCCGUUCCAUUACCUCCUAAAACGACCCUUAAUGAGCUUGCCGGAACCUUGAAAGGCACAAGCAAAGAUAAUUUCCUGGAUUUAUGGAAUGUUUUCUCUGCUGGCUCCCUCAAGAUCGACUAA